GUGUGACGUCAAUCACCGGACCUCUCCUUGUAUGUACAUGUCAGGCAAGCAACAGACAGCUGGGAGUUGUGAUGUGACGGUCCCCGUCCAAACGAGGAAUGUGCUUGUCGCGAUCGAUGGCAGCGAAGGAUGCAAGAGAGCUUUUGACUGGUAUCUUGAGAACAUGUGGCACUCCACAGAUACCGUUCUUCUAGUCCACAUAUUUACCCUUCCUAAUCUUCCAUCAUACACUUUUACUACCCCAGCAACAGCAUUUGUUAUGCCCAUUGCUUAUCAGCAAUUGCUGGAUGAAGAACAGAAAAAGUCUCAUGAAAUCAUCAAAGAAUAUGAAGCAGUACUCAAGACAAGCAAGAUACCAUAUCACACAAUAGUGAAGUCUGGUGCUGCGGGUGAAACCAUUUGUGCUAUUGCUAUGGAAAACAAAGCAGAUGCUAUUGUUAUGGGAAGUCGAGGUCUUGGUGUAUUGCGGCGAACAUUUCUGGGCAGUGUCAGCGAUUAUGUUCUUCAUCAUGCCCAUGUCUCUGUAACUGUUGUUCCAAGCAAGAAAAAGUGAUGGACUACUUGAGGUCGUAGACUGUGUUUUGUGUUCUGUCCAAGCUGUAAGAAUUUGAAUAUUCAAUAAUGAUAUUAAAUGUUGAAUGUGA